AUGGACGUACCAUCCAUGGUGCGACGCUCCGGGGACAAACUAAUCGUGCGACAAGUGGUUAGCGGCCAGGAGCAGGAAGUACUCGGUGAACGAACCAUCAAGACUGAGGUGAAAAUCGAACCGUCGCAGCAGCAGGCAGUCGACAGCGAAACACUCCUACCGUCCAGUGACCUAGUGGUGAAAACCUUGUCGAGGCAGCGAAACGGCUGGAACCGAAACGGUGGGCGCGAACAGCUGCCCCAGUGCAAAGUGAAGCGUAACUACUCGUGCCCUAGUUGCGCCUACGCUACGCAGAAUCCUCGACGCUAUCUGACGCACCUACGCGAUACGCACGGCGAGAAGAUUAGCAUCAACGAGUGCCAACGAUGCCUGUACGCAUCGAAACACCAUCAGAAGCUGGUGCGCCACAUGCGGAUGGUGCACGGUAUCGUGGAACCUGCCAGUCGGACCACUGUUAAGCGUGAGGAAUUCUCCAGAGAGGGCAAAGAUAACGUGGACCUGCUGACGACGGUAAAUGCUUUCUUUGGCCAGCUAGCGCCAAGCGAGUGGAAUACCCAAUACGGCCAGCAACUUGUUGCGUCCGACUUACAAAAACUUUUGAAGCAGUUAGCAAACUCGUGGAACUCGUCAAUUGCCGCUAACGCCGAGCUUGUACGGAACGCCUUAAAAAUUGAAAUGGAUCAUUUGCACAACGCUGUCAACACAUCCGACAUGGAUACUAUCCAGUUCGGAGAACCAGGCAAGAACGUAAGACGAUCGAUGGAAGAAAACGAACUGACGCCCAGAAAAAGGCCAAGACCUAUCCCCAACCUCAUACCGCUCGCCUCACCGCCAACAGUUGCCGUCAGGUCAGAAAAGGACCUUCUCAAGCCGGUUCCAAUGUCGUUGCUGAUGCCGCAGGAAAAUUCCACCUCGGAAUGCCAGCAAUCGUCCAGCAACGCAAUGACCAACCAGAUGCCGAUAGUUCUAGACUCACAAAUGAAAUGUACCUUCUGUGAGCUGUCCUACGCAACGACGUCCGAUUUGGCAAACCACAUCGAUGCAGCCCACAAGGAGGAUCUUUUCACGUCGUUGCUGCAGAAGUCAAUCGAUGAAACGCAGCAGAAUUUGUUUCCGCAAAGUGAAACGGGCGACAGUGCGUCGAACGAGGUGUGGAAAAGUCUGCUGGAGCUGAGCUACGGUGGGUCAGAUAGUGCGGCCAGUGGGCAGGUCAGCGAACAGGACGGGAAACAGUCGACCCACCCGACCGAAGACGAUGAUGUCGAGAUACUGGAGAGCCGGACGGAAACCUAUUGCGGCAUCGAAACGGCACCCGGGUACGGCGAGGUCACCAGCAAGCUACCGACCAACGAUGCGAACGCUCCGAACACGGUGACGAAGAAGGUGUUCAAGUGUCCACACUGUUCGUUCUGGGCCUCGACGGCUUCGCGCUUUCACGUGCACAUCGUGGGCCACCUGAACAAGAAGCCGUUCGAGUGUUCACUCUGUUCGUACCGCUCCAACUGGCGCUGGGACAUCACCAAGCACAUCCGGCUCAAGACGAUCCGUGAUCCGAGCCACAAGAAUGCGGGUGUCCUGAUGAACGAUGAGACGGGCCGCAGGAACUACACGAAAUACAACAAGUACAUCACGCUAAUGCAGAUUGCGGACAAUAGCGUGAAGGAGCCGGUGACGUACCCCAAGCCGACCGCCGAGAACACGAUCUCGGAUCUGAUAGCGGCCUGCAGCACGUACAAUAUCGAUCUGAAGGCGUUUGCCAACAUUCCCGGCUACAAGACGCUGCUCACCAAACAAAUAGGCGACGAGGUACCGAGCGGCAAUGACCCGAAGCAGCACGGAGACUUUCACUUGAAAUGUCACCUUUGUGGGCUCAGGACUUCAUCUACCGAGGAACUGCUACUGCACGCGACGUCCGCACACGCCGGGCAGACGUUCGUGCAGCUGCAGGACGAUGUAAGCGAAACCGACGCAAAUGGGGCACCGCCACCAGCACCGAUCGAAAGUAACACGCCACCGCAGCCAAGAAAUUGUACGCCAGUGAACAUUGUUUCCGGCCCCACGCCGGUGCCGCCGACCCCGGCGGCGCUCGGUAGCCUUAGCAAAAGUGCAGCUAACCCUAGCGGCGAAAGCUCUACUAACGGGACUCCACUACUAACCACUAGCGGUGCUGGUGACCGUACCAACCCGGCGGAAGCGCAGGGACCGGGUGAAGGUGGUGAAGGUGGCUCGCAGCGGAUGCCGGUGCCCACGUGGCGCCAUAACGCACCGUACCGCUGUGGCCAUUGCCACCAGGUUUCUAACUGGAAACAUGUUAUUCAGAGACAUUGCCGGCUGAAGCACAACGGGAAUGUUUUGAUUGAACACAUAAAUUCAGAAAGAGACGACCCAUCGGACGGAGAAGGCGGUGGCCAAGCCCAAAGGCACACGAAACAGAUUCAAAACUCUAUCUACGUCGUGGAGGACGGCCAGCUUUCCAACACCGCUUCAAGCGAGUCGCUUGCGGGUUCCGCACCGAUCGCUCCACCACCCCUCGCACCCUUCAACUACGAGGAACUGGGCUACCCCGUGGGCAGCACGCUCGAACCGAUCGUGGAAAUCUUCGACAAGGAUCCGGCCGACUUGGUAAGCUUAGUGGGCGACAGCUCGACCGUGCUGGUAAGCAGCGGCACGGUAGCCCCGGCCGUUCCCGGCGACCAGCUGAACUGCGUAUCGUGCCAGUUCCACGCGGAAUCCGUCGAGCAGCUGACGGAGCAUCUGGAGGCGCACAUCAGCAACGGCCAGCAGCAGCGGGAGGGUUCGUACAACAUUGCUCCCACGACCUUGCUCGAUCCGGUCCCGACCGUCAUGUUCUACUGCUCCAAGUGUCCGGCACGAUUCUUCGAUCGCUGCCACGUGGUGGAGCACGAGGAUCGCCAUGCGAGUGGCAGGGGAACGGCGUGCCCACUCUGCACCUACACCCCGCAGGCUGACGAACCGAACCGCCAUCGGGAGGUACACUCCGCUGCGUACAACAAAAAUACUGAAAAUUUGCAAAUUUUCCUCGCCGAAAGCAAGGACUAUCCGAAGCCCCGGCUCGCGAUGCACGAAGGCGCGGACGGGUCGGAGGUCUGGUGCGUCGAGCCGGCCUCGGAAGAACCGCCAGUGACCUCACCGAAACGGUCGAAACGAACCAAGCAACAGGAACCACGCAGGAGCGUGGACACGGCGAGCAUCGGCACCGAUCAGCCACCGCUGCGGUCCAUCUUCCUGUGCGAGUACUGUGAUAACGCUUUCGAUGCCGAGUCCGAUCUGAACGCGCACGUGCGAAACCACUUUUCCGCCAUACUGGCCGCGCAGAACGUGGCCUACUACACAUCUUUAAACAGCGCGCUCCACAAGGAGCAGCAGAAGGUGGAGCUGGUCGUGACCGGCACGCAGUCAACGUUGCCUUUGCACUACGCCUACGAUAACACACGCCGCAAGGAGUGGACGGCCUUCUCCAAGACCGACAACGUCCUGCUGAAGCUUUGAAGCGAUGCGGACAUCAGGCUAAGAUUUCGUUAUUUCUUAUUUUAUUAAAUUAGGCGUAGAAAGUGUUCCAAGAACUUUAACCUCUAUGUAUAUGGAUGGGGAAAUGAUCGUGUUGGUAGUUUCUAGUGGAGCGAAAGUAUCAAGUAGUCAAGCUGUAAAGUAGGAUGGGAGCCUAGCUAGCCAUACUUUUGGCUUCGGAAUAGUAUUGCACCGAAAUAAAUCAUAACCGUUGUUACAACCC